AAUGAUAGAAAGUAUAUAUAUAUGGGUGAGAGUAGUGAGAAACAAGAAUCACAUGUAGUGCUAUGAAUAUGUGUUCCAAGAUCUUGUGAUAAUAAUACGAAGCAAUAAUAAAAUGGAAGAAAUGAAAUCUUCCAUAUCCAAAAUUCUGAAAGAAUUCCAUGCAGGGUACUUCAGGAUUGGCCUCUCCCUUUGCAGCCAAGCCUUGUUAUGGAAGACCCUCAUCAACCCAAUCCAAGACGCACACGCUCUUAGACGCAUAUUUACCUAUAUACCCUUCACCGCCUUCACUCUUCUCUGGUCACUCGCCUUUCUCACACUCCUCACGCUCUCUCUUCUCUACGUCCUCCGAUGUCUUUUCCACUUCCACAUGGUUAAGGACGAGUUCCUAGACCAUGUCGGAGUUAACUACCUCUUUGCUCCAUGGAUCUCAUGGCUCCUUUUGCUCCAAUCAUCACCCUUCAUUUCUUCCAAAACUAACUACUACCAUGCACUCUGGUGGAUUUUCUCCGUUCCAAUUUUCGCCCUGGAUGUCAAGAUUUAUGGACAGUGGUUUACUAAGGGGAAGAGAUUCCUGUCGACCGUGGCGAACCCUGCGAGCCAACUGUCGGUGAUAGGGAACUUGGUUGGUUCGCAAGCCGCGGCCAACAUGGGAUGGAAAGAGAGCGCAAUUUGCAUGUUCUCUCUUGGCAUUGCACAUUAUUUGGUGCUAUUUGUUACUCUUUACCAGAGAUUGUCCGGGAACAAUAGCCUCCCGGCGAUGUUGCGGCCAGUUUUCUUCUUGUUCUUCGCCGCGCCGAGCAUGGCUAGCGUGGCAUGGAACUCUAUUUGUGGCGGCUUUGGUAGCGCCUGCAAGAUGUUGUUCUUCCUCUCCCUCUUUCUCUUCUUGUCUUUGGUUUCAAGGCCUCUGCUAUUCAAAAAAUCAAUGAAAAAAUUCAGUGUGGCAUGGUGGGCUUAUUCAUUUCCCCUCACAGCACUGGCACUGGCUUCAGCAGAGUAUGCACAACAAGUUAAAGGGGUUAUGCCUCAUGCUAUUAUGUUAGUCUUAUCAACACUCUCAGCUUUGGUGUUACUAUUCUUAGUACUUGUUUCUAUCUUCUUCAACACUGCUGCAAAGUCCUCACCCUCAACAACUCAACAUGAUCAUUCAUCAGAAAGUUCUAAUAAUGUUGUAACCGUCAAUAAUCAUGUUUAGUCUUACCAAGAGGAGAUUUUUGUUAGUAAAUAAAUGUAUAUAUACCGCCAAAUAUUUCAUAUGUAUGUUAGUAAAUAAAGAAGAUGCUGUUUUAUAUGUGA